AGCGCUGAGCCAGCCUAGGGCGCCCACGGAGCUGGGGACGUGCCGCCGCGCCGCGGCUGCUGAGGUCCGCGCUGUAGCUGCGGGGUCCGAGGGCGCCUGCUAGCUGCUCGGUUCCCUCCCGGCCAGCUGUGCAAGCGGGGGACCAGCGGCGUCAGCAGCAGCGCAGCAGCAGCAGCAGUGACGAUUCGAGCACGGGCGGCGGCAGCAGCCGCGACAACAGUGACACCAUGGAUCUGUCCUUUAUGGCCGCGCAGCUGCCCAUGAUGGGAGGAGCCUUCAUGGACUCGCCCAGCGAGGACUUCGGCGCGGAGUACUCCCUCUUCAACUCCUCCACCAACAUCCACGCGGCCUCCGGCGGCCAGGGCCAGCCGGAGGAGCCUCCGCGGUCCUCCAACGACGCCGUCCUGCUGUGGAUCGCCAUCAUAGCGACGCUGGGGAACAUCGUGGUGGUGGGGGUGGUGUACGCCUUCACCUUCUGAGGGGCGGCCCCCCCACCCCCCACCCCGGUGCCGGGCACGCGGGCGGGGCUCGGUCCCGCGUGCCGUGGCUGCGGGCCUCUGGCUGCGCCCCCGUUCCAGACCCAGGAGUUCCGGCCGCGGGCAUGGCCUCCCCGGGCGCAGCGGCCGUGCGUCUGGGAUGUCCCCUCGCAGCCCCGAUGGUAACACUCCGCGCUGUGGUCCAGCUGAUGCGGGAAACGCAGCAGCGCGAGCUCCCAGCCCCAUAGCCGUGGCGGGCAAGGCCUUUGAGGGGCCGAGCGGGGAAUUCUUAAAACUGCUUUCCAAGAACAAGAGGACUGAGGGAACAGCCAGUUCGGUUCAGAAUACAGACGUCGUUGGGCAAGCGCUGGCUGGCGGUGAAUAAUCACUCGGGUAUCUUGUUUCCAUGCAGACUUACCAUGCCGGGAGCGUGGGGUGCAGGCAGGAGCCCCCUCAGCAUUUGAGUGUUCCCAGCCCAGUCUCGCCCUCCCCCCCGCCCCCCGGGGAAUGUUGGUGGUGGUCUCCAAAGGGCUCUCGAACAUUCCUCGUCCAACUUGCAAGCAGCACCUUCGUCACCAGAAACCUGGCCGCUCCUGAGACCCACCCCACAGUGUCAGGAAGCCCAGGGAUGGGGAGACGAGCGGUGACACGGCGGGACCUCGGGGUGGCGGUCCUCCUCCGCUGGGUGGACUUCCUCUUCCUGCGAACAAGCGCAGAAGCCCCCUUUAGAAAUGAGAACUGCCGGUCAGUGCGCUCUUCAGGCCACGCAUGUGAAGACGCCCCUCGUUCCCUGAGAAACCAGGCUCUUCGAGAUGAGUGAGGCCCUGUCCGCCAGUCACUGGGGGGGGCGGGCGGGAGAGGUGUGUGGUCGCCUGUGGUCACCAGGCGCAGUCGGGUGUGGAGGGGCCAGAUCGGGGGAUGCCCCUCCCCCCGACUCUGCUCAGGGCCCUCUCUGAGCAGGGUCCCCCCUCCCCGGCUGCCCUGGGGGCAGUGUCCGUGGGUCUUGA